UUUGUUAAUAACUAAUCUACCUGGUUUUUUGUUUAAAAAAGGCGGUUAACAUAUGAGGGAUUUUUGUAAAUAUUUUAAUAAGAGAAUUCAAAAUGGCUAUGAAAUCUGUAAUGAAGGUUUAACACAUGAGAGGUUUUUGUAAGAGAAUUAAAAAAUGACUAUGAAGGUCUACUAACCUGUAAUGAAGGUGUUAACACAUGGGAGGUUUUUGUAAGAUAAUUUAAAAUGGCUAUGAAGGUGUUUACAAAUGAGAGGCUUUUGUAAGAAAAAUCAAAAUUACUUCACUUGAGGUUGUAUUUUCUGUGUGGUACAUUCAGGACACUACUAUAUCUUUUUAUUAUUUUUUCAAGUCUUUCAUGUGUUAUGCCAUUUUAUUUACACCACUUGAAAAGAGAAUUUUCAACAUUAAGAACAUGAAAAUAAUCAUAAUAUUUACUUUUUUUUAAUAACUGAAACAACCUAUUUACAGAGCACAAACUAAGAGUUAAGUAAAAAAUGUUGGACUCACUAAUUUAAGGAACCAAAAAAUAGGAAGUAAAACUUGUGUAAAAUGUAUAAAAGACAAACUAUCUUUUAUUAAAAACCAUUUAUACAAACACAUUGCCCCUUUAAAAAAACAUCUGAAACUUGUGUAAAAUGGACAGAAGGCGUUAUAAGUUUUGAAAACCACUAAAAAACCGAUUAACAUUUUUAAAACAAAACAAUAUGUAAACUUGUGUAAACAUUUAAAAACCGAAAUUACCAUAUUUAAAGAAACAUUAUCCAAAUCUUUUCUAAGUUUUUUUAAGGUUAACAAAUUACAAAUACACCAUUUGCCAUUCGAUCUGAUCUGAUCCUGUUUAAAUAAAAAACAGAAAAUAUGAAUCUUUAAUUACAUGUUUAAAGAUCAAAUGGUAAACUGAAAAAAAAGAAAGUACACAAACUUGAGUUCACCUUCGAUUUAUCAUGUUCGGCCUCAUCUUCUAAACCUGUUUAAAUUAAGAACAGAAAAUUUGAACUUUUAAUUACAACUUUAAAGAUGAGAUUGUAAAUUUAAAUAAAGAAAAUACAGUGACUUGAGCCCGCCUUCAGUUUAUCAUGCUUCGACAUCAUCUUAUAAUCCUGUUUACAUAAAAGCAGAAAUUUGAACUUUUUAAAUACAUGUUUAAAUAUGAGAUUGUAAACUAAGUACUUGUACAAUGAAUGAAAGAAAGUACACGAAUACAAGUUCACAUUCACCAUGCUUCACCAUCAUCUUCGUGUCCUUUUUAUGUUAAGAGUUUCAAAGCUGAAAGUGUAAUAUGAUGGAAAGAGUACCUUGGCCAACUGAUUUGUGUUUUUUUUUUUAUGAUGAUCUUCCAUUUAGACAGCAGAGGUCACAGUGUAAGUCGGAUGUCAACGGACUGGUAAAUGGGUUGCAGGUCUCAGCAUUCUCAUCAGUUGCAAGGCCUUUUUUGGCUCAACCUGGAAACCGCAAGAUCGUGGGUGAGAGAGUGCUGAACUGCCGUGAACUGCUGCUUCUAGAAGGAAUUUAGAGACUUUAAACGGCUGAGAUUAAAAGUUGAUGACUUUCUACGGCUGUAAUUAGCCCAAAUAGCAGUUACAAACAACGGGAACAAUAUAAUAUAGAAUUCCAACACAGAUUUGCUCUUAUAUCAUUAGGGUAUCCGGGGCACUCUCGGGGAGAGGGUGCGGUGACCCCUAACCCCGAUCGGGAACACCGUCGCCAUCACCGCGGGGACCCGAUUCGGGGAGGGGAAUCGGCAUGUAUUCACCGCGUUGAAUGGCACGAGUUUUGAGGAACGGUCGAAUUUUAAACGCUCAAAUUUAAAAAAAAAAUCACUUUUUUAACAAAUAUAAAUAACCACACCCACCACUAAUUUUUUAUACUCUCAAACCACACCCACUUCACUCAUUUUUUUUACUCUCAAACCACACUCACAUCACUAAUUUUUUAUACUUUCAAACCACACUCACUUCAAACCAAGCAAUGGAGAACCAACCCCGCGAAGCCAAGAAAAAAACUAAGGGACGGAGCUCGCAACCGUCUCGUGGUGGUUCGAGCGGUGCAAGUGCACAACCACAACCCCCUUUCGGAUAUACUUCACAACCCCCGUUUUUUUCCAACAACCUUCACACCCCUCCUUUUACAACACCCAACCACCCAACCUUCAACCCAAUUUCGGCUAUUUUCAAAAUUUAUUAUCAAUGGAUGCUCCUCCUCAAUCCCCCGUCUUCGACCCAUAUGGUUUUCGUUCCUCACAAGUUCCAUCUACACGAGGAAAUGUUGAACGUCCUCUACCUAUUUACGACGACGAGGACGAUGAGGUAGUGCCUGAAACUCAAAAUUUGGGCGACGAGAACGAGGACGAUGAAUAUAAUGUGGAUGAAGACGCGGGCAACGAAGAAGAUGACACUCGGGAUAAAAAGGGAAAAAUGGCGAGCGAAAAAUGGACCAAGGUCCAAGAAGAGGCGUUGGCGAAGGCGUGGGUACAUUGCUCUACCAACAAAAAGAAGGGCAAUCAACAAAACCGCGAUCGUUUUUGGCGUAAGAUUUUUGAUCAUUUUAACGCCACCGUCGGUGGAAGUAACCGGACCGUGCAUCAAGUACGGUCUAAAUGGGGCCCGAUGAUGACGAAAAUAAACUUUUUCAACGGCCUAUACCAACAAGCGGAUCGCACACGAGGAAGCGGGUGUAAGGAUCUCAACGUGAUGAAAGCCGCACGACGAUGCUCCGCCAAAUAUGUUGCCGUUCAUCCUCGCCCGAAAGCGCGACAUCGCUAAUAAGUACGGGUGGCCGUGCGAUUUCUAAAAUUUUUAUUUUCUACUUUUAAUGUAAUUUUUAUUUUCUAGUUUGAAUGUAAUUUUAAUUUUCUAGUUUGAAUUUAAUUUUUAUUUUUAUUUUC